AUGAACUUUAGUGGCCAUCAACGAAUGGGCAAUGGCAGUCAUCAUCGCACUGCGACACCCCAAGGCACCAUAUUGGAAGAUGAAGAAUAUUCCUUCAAUUAUGAUUCCGACGGCAAUACCGUGGUAACAGAUGCCUCUUCCAUCUUUCCCGGCGGCAGUAACAACGGUCGGAACAAUACUAUUGCUAACAAUAAUACUAACAAUGAAUGGGUCACCAAAUCCGAUUUAUUGACCAUCUUUCAGGCGGCACCCUUGGCCGGUAUGAAUGCCAAUGGCAAUUUGUCUCCCAUCGGUGACUUGCUGGAUUUGCAAGAAGAACGGACCCAAUUGGCCUCGAUUUUCAAACGGUCGAAUGUGGCGGUGGAAUUCCAAAUUGCCACCCACGAUGCCCUGGGAAAAUUCUUGGCGGAAGACAAGGGACGGAUCUUGCAUUUCUCCUGUCAUGGGGAUGCCGGAUUUUUGUUUUUGGAAGACGAUUGGGGUGGUUUGGCACCACUGGCCAAUGAUAAUUUGCAACGGUGGAUUCAAUUGGGUGGACGGGAGUUGCAAUUUGUCUUUGUAUCGGCCUGCAAUUCGCAGUCGAUUGGACAAGCCUUUGUGGAUGCGGGAGUUCCGCAUGUGGUAUGUUGCAAGGAGAAUGCAAAGUUGCGAGCGGGAGUGUCUGCACUCUUCGAAAAGACAUUUUAUCGCAAUUUGGCUCGCAAAAAGACUGUGCAAGAGUCCUUUGAUAUUGCCAAGGAGGCAACCUUGGCCAAUCCCAAGAUUCCAGAAGAAUAUCGACGAGAAGAAGUGGAAAAAUAUCGUCUCUUGGGGACAGGUGGUCGUGGUGGUGGUGGCAAUAACAAUAACAAACAGAAUGUCAACAAUCACAAUGUUUCGGUAUUCUUUCAACGAAACAUUAAUGUCUCCCAACGUCGUGCGGUUGUCGGAGGGGCAGAAGGAUUUCCACCUCCACCCAAAAUAUUCAUUGGACGGACCAUUGAUCAGUACCGCAUUUUGAAAUUGCUCCAGCACGCAAGGACGGUCUGUGUUCAUGGGCCCUCGGGAAUGGGCAAGACGGCCUUGGUCAAGGCGGUUUGCCAAUACGUCCAUUAUCGAUUGAACAUGAUGGACUUUACAGACAUUCAAUGGAUCGAUACCUCUCAAGCCAGACUGUCUCAUCGUACCGAAGAACAUUUGCAACCUCUUUUGGAUUUGAUUCACAGAUCACCAGAACCAAGUCCAAAUAAAUUCUUGGAAGAAGCUUGGGAGCCAAUUCUUCAGCUGGUCGAGACAUUUCAACAUCGAAAGACUCUGUUGGUGGUAGAUGCCAAACAUAUUUCAAACCAGGAUGCGCUACAAAAGUUGGGCAUUUUUAUUGACGAAUUCAUCAAUGCCACCCGGCAUGUCAAGGUCAUUGUCAUUUACAAUGACGAAGAUGGAAUCCAGACUAGCAAUUUGAAGAUGGAACAUCAAUGCUACUCGGUCGAACCCUUGAGCUUUGAAUGGUCGGCCCGUCUCUUUUCAAGAUUGUGUCCCGAAGGACUCUUGAAGGAAAAGUAUUAUGGGAUUGAAACGUCUCGGCAACUCUGCGAGGUCCUUAUUCCAUCUUCGGAAACUAACAUGGAUGCUAAUAAUAAUAUGAAUACUGUCACACCACGACAACAAAUGCUCUGGGAUAUGGUGGGUGGCGGCGAUCCUCGGCGCACUGUGAAUGUGGCCAAGACUUUUACCCGACAGCAAUUUCAAGACCUGUUACUCUUGAGUGCCAACAAGGAUGACAACGAUCUUACCUUGGAGAAGUUGUUGCAAUUGGAUUGCAAGAUUGAAGAAAUUGAAAAGAGAAGAGAUAUCUAUGAACGACAAUGCAAUAAACAGUAUAUCGAAAUGUGUCGAGGAAUGCUGAAUGAAUUGGAACGACGACGUGAAACCUAUUCAAGAGCAAGCUUGGAACGAAGGCAGAAACAACUACUGACCGAGAUUGAGACUGCCAAGAACGAACGCAAAUUUGCAAAAGCUCUGGAAUUGCAACAUAAACAAGAACAGCUGGAACGGAUCAAGGAGCAACUCCCAACUCUGAUUUGGUUGGAAAACCGAAGGGAAGAAUUGGAAUUUGAAAUUGAACUUGCAAAGAACAAAGACUUUCUCCAAGCAGAAAAUUUGUACAAAGAACUAAAGCGUACCAUUGCAUCUAUUGAAGCUGAACGGAACAGUUUUGGUGAUACUGACAUUCCAGAAAGUCGGGCUUUGCUGGAAGCACAGAUCAUAAAAAUGGAAGAGGAAUUGAACAAUGUUGUCGCAUCUCGAAACUUCUCCAAGGCGAGAGAACUCAAACCAGAAAUCCACCGUCUGAAGGAAAUGCGGAGUAUGGUACCAUCGGCCGAGGAUUUUCGAAGUAGGAUCAUGAGUCUGGACGCAUCCUUGCAACAAGCAAUUGAUGAACAUGAUUUUGACUCGGCAGAGACGCUGUACAAUCGCCUAGAAGAGAUAAAGGCAAAGCUGCGAACAGAAGAGGAGGCUGAGAAGAGCUAUGGUAUUCAAGUUCCUGGUGACAGCACGCCUAUGAGUAUUCAGUCAGUGAGAUCUAGUGUCGCGAGACGAGCAGCCGCGGAUCCUGGCGAUGACCAGUCAGUGGGUUCUAGUGUUGCCAGACGAACUGCUAUAGAUCCUGGUGACGAUCCAAUCACUAGUUCUGUCCACUCGACCACAUCUUACGAUCCUCCUGGGCUUACACUAAGAACAGAAUCCAGAAGGUCCGAUCCCAUGCAGGAAGGAAAGAAGGGGGCCGGAAAUCGAUUAUCCGAUUCGAAUUUUUCACUGAGGGCCCCAGCUAGAAACGCUCUGCAAACCAUCAUCCCAUCUGGUGCACAUGAAAACCCAAGCGCUCCAUGUGUGCAUGAAAGCGUAGUGGCGGAACGGCAUUCCAACCAUGACAGGCGUUCACACCAAGAGAGUCGCCGACCUGAUCCGUCUAAUUCAAUUUCUAUUGUUGAACCAGGAGCAUAUGCUGUGCGAGGAAAUACAAGUGGAAGUGACGGAGAUAAUGAGCACGAUGUAACCUCAACCUACUCUGCCGAAGAAGGAGUACCAGCGUCCCCUAUUGCACAAUCAGCAGUUGUGGAACGGGAUAUUACGCUUCCGCCAAUCAUGGCCACUUCUACUCCCCUUCCAAGUGCUAUGGAGAUUGUGAACGACGUUAUGAAUGACCAAGAGAGAUUGGAACAACAGAUUUUUCAGAUUAUGAAAAAGCACGCAGUCCAGGCGGAAGUUGUUCCAGCACCAGAAAGGCAUAACAGCAGAGACAUUAGUGUCGAUUUCUCCGAAUACAGCACUGGGUCCAGGGACACUGAGAGUCUUCGGGAUAGCUUAGACACUGAAGGGAAAAAAGGUGGCAUGAAGACGAUCUUCAAGAAGCUGCGAAAUAGAACCGGAAAGAAAUAA